UUAGCAUUAAACAAGGAAUAUUGUCCUCGAACGUCGACGCACGCUCAUUUCCGGAAAAUUCACCUCACAAUACCAUAAAAUUUACAAGAGAAAAGGAGCUCACCAAGGAACCGGCCUAUUCCUUUUGCUCGGGAUAUCUCGAGCUUAAAUGCCUGGUUUUGGGUUUGUCCAUGGGGAAUUUGUGGAGCAAACGCAAACGACCUCUUGAUCCUGACUGUAUCAAUUCUCCAAAUCCCAAGAGGCGCAAUUCAACAGAUAUCGACUCGCCGGUUCUGCCGCAAGAACAGCAAUCCAACAACCGUGCUCCUCCGACGAUGGACUAUGAAAUAGCCGCUGAACCUCUAUACAGCAACGGACUCGAUUUGGCGAACCUGGCCGUGUCCUCCGGUAUUCUUGGCAAUUCAUGGGCUGCAAUCUCUAAACUCCGGUCCCAGGUUGACCGCGACCACCAAAGCCCCUCAUCUUCCGAAACCGUGAAGAUUCAAGAAUUUGAAUACCCGAGAUACAAGGUCAUUGCUUUUGUGACGCCUCCGGUUGCUGCAAGUUAUCUCCAAGAAGAGAGCGGUUUGGUCGAAUCUUCUUCAUCGGAGGCCUCCGAGUUUCAGUUUCUCUGCUCCAAGAAGAACCCGUCUUUUGCAAUAAACAAGGAGGCGAUCUCUCUGUUCAACUCUCUCCAAGAUAAGCUCUAUGACCUGAGAACUAAGGUAGUGAAUCCCCGCGAGUCUAUUCCACACAUUAUAACUGGAGAUUGUUUGGGUGGAUCCAUUGCCUCUCUUUUCACAUUAUGGCUCCUACACACACUCGGUACGGAAACCACAAAGCGUCCGCUUUGCAUCACAUUUCGUUCGCCCCUCAUCGGGGACAACGGCUUCCAACAAGCAGUAUUGCAAAAUCCAACCUGGAGUGCUUGCUUCAUGCAUGUGGUUCAUAAGGACGACUGUUUCCCCAAAAUCUUUCACCCGUCGACCACGGAGCAGAACCUAUACAAGCCUUUUGGAACAUUUCUUGUGUGUUCCGAAUCGGGUAGUGCAUGUUUCGAAGCCCCUAAAUCCAUAAUUGAGUUGCUAGCCCCCAGGAGCCUAGAUAGUGCCCAAAUUGUCAAUUAUGAGAGCAUCAUUAAAUGUCUUGAACAACAAUUGAUUUGCAAGAGCCACUUUGAAUUUAGUGUGCCUGUUACUGAUUUAUUUGAAGCUGGGAUAACUGCACAAGUUGCAGCAGUUGGCCUUCUGCAAAUUCAGCCGCAGAAUAUGGAUGUCGAUGCUCUGUUGAGGGAGAUAGUUAAGUCUGAAAAAGAUGUCCUAGAACAAAAGAAUAAAGCAUUUGAUCCAGCAAAGGAUUUGAAUGACAUGAAAGUGUGCAUGGCUAAUUUGGAAUGGUACAAGAAGAAAUGCGAAAACGAUGGCCACGGUUGUGGUUAUUACGACAGCUUCAAAAACAAAAUGGCUAGGCGUGACUAUGGAGCCGUUAAGUUUGUGAGAAAGCUCACUGAUUACUGGGAACAGGUGGUGGAAAAUGCGGAGAAGAGGCCUCAGAGAGAGGGAGAACCGCUGCGGAAUCGCUGGCUUUUUGGAGGAACAAACUAUCGGAGGUUGGUCGAACCGCUCCACAUAGCUGACUACUAUAAAUGGGGCAAAAGAGGUUACAUGUCUCAAGGGAGAUCCAAGCACUUCAAGCUAUUGAAAGACUGGUUGGACAAACAUCCGAAGCAGACAGCAAAGAGUGUCCCUAACGAUUCGAAGAUGAAGAAGAUCAUGUUGAGCGUCACGGAGGAUUCGUGCUUCUGGGCACAUGUGGAGGAGGCACGAAUAUCGUGUAGGUUGUUGAACAGCGGAGGAUCGAACAGCACAGAAAUAGAAAAAUUGGUCUGGUUCGAGGGGUAUGUCAUGAAUUUGCUCAAGAACUACUCGGUUUCUACUGAUAUUUUCUUGGAUAGCAGCAGCUACAUGCAAUGGUGGAGGGAGUAUGACGAUAUAUUGGCGAAGCAAAUGAUGGGAGCUUCUCACAACUCGCAACUCGCUGAUUUCAUGACAAAUGGCGACUUGUACCGGUAUAAAUCAGGUACCUCAGCAUUUGAAUGUAAAUGAUAGUGUACCAUAAGAGCAAGAAUGUGCCCAUUUCACUCGAUUUGUUGAUGCUUUGCUUGAAUUGAUUUGGAUUCUCUUUGCACCAUUGCUCAUCUCGAGUUCAAAAAUUUGAUUCGGAAGGCAAUAAUUUAUGUUUUUAAAGCCUUUCUGUUUUUUCCA